AAAUCUAAGGAUGAGUGGCAACAGAUUCUGAAUAGUGAGAUAUGGAAAUUAAAUGUUGCACAAGAAUACAUUUUCACACCUCUCUUGCUAAGUUAUUAUGAUUUGCCCUCACAAAUAAGACCGUGCUUAUUGUAUUGUGCAAUCUUUCCCAAAGAUUUUGCUAUUCAGCCAGCUAAAUUAAUUAAGCAUUGGAUGGCACAUGGUUAUCUAAGCUCCAACGAGAAUUCAGGGAUGGAAGAAGAAAAAGUUGGUGAAUACUUCAACUACUUAGCAUCUUGUUCUUUUUUCCAAGAUUUUAAAAAAGACAGACAUGGCAAUAUAAAUAGAUGCAAGAUGCAUGACAUGGUACAUGAUUUUGUUCAAUAUUUGACAAGGGAAGAAAUUUUGGCAGCGGAGGUUGACAGCAGUGAAAAUGUGAGGAUGGACGUAUCUUCCAAAAAGAGUCAUCAUUUGAGGGUAAAGAUUGGAAAAGGGGAUCAAUUUCCUGUGUCUAUAAAAGGCAUAGAGAAACUACGGAGCCUAGUAGUUCAUGGUGACGAGUAUGAUGUAACUGGUGAAGCCUUGGCGGCAUUCUUCAAGGGAGCGAAAUGUCUAAGAUUAUUGGAUUUUGCGAUGGAGUGGUAUGUUCAUAGAAAAGUAAAAGAAAUUCCAAAUGAAAUAGGGAAAUUAAUUCAUCUGAGAUACCUUAAUUUGAGUGGCAGUGAUAAUUUAAAAGAAUUGCCUGAAGGAGUGUGUGAAUUGCAUAAUUUGCAAUACCUGAAUCUCUGGUAUUGUGCUGAUCUUGAGAAACUACCAGAUGGUAUGGGGAAAUUAAUCAACCUGAGGUAUUUUAAUUCUACGUAUUGUUUUGGGCUACAAUAUUACCCAAAAGGGAUUGGGAGAUUAACUUCUCUCAGGGAAUUAAUCCCAGUCAGAGCGAGAGUAGAUGGCAAAGACGCAGCUAAAGAAUUCAGUGUGGGAGAUUUGGAAAACUUGGACCUCCUUCGUGGAUAUCUUAAUAUAAAACUGGUGGGAAAUGUGGUAGAUGUGGAAGAGGUUAGGAGAGCCAAACUUCACAACAAGAUACAUCUUGACAGCCUACAUCUGUUCUAUGGAGAGACAAAUCCUAAUGACGUCAUUCAAGCCUUAAAUCUACCUCCUUCCUUUGACAUACCGGUGGUAAAAGCAUCGGUGGGAGAUCGGUACAUCAGGUAGUGUUUCUAUCUAUUUCUCUUUCCAAUUUUUCUUCAAAUUAAAUUCGUUCAAAUUUUUUUUUAAAAAGAGAGCUAAUAGACA